CCAGUGCCUGCCUGCCUGUCUUGUGCCACUUCUCCGAUGUUGCUGGCCGUUUACAAAAGGCCCCGGCCUCCCGUCCCGGCCCUUCCCCUUACAACUUCCGGAUACUCAUCAGCCGGGUCCCUUGUGUAUCUGGACCCUUCGGAGACCGCGUUUCGGCGUGCCCUGCGAAUUCCAUUCUUAUUUCGAGCAUAUUUCUUAGCAGCCGUGGAACCCCCUUUGCUUCCGACCCUUUCUCAUUCUUCACUUUCCCAACAACAACUACUCCCAUACCGCAUUAUUCUCGUGCUAAACCAUGUGGCCCCUAACGAUUCUGGCUACGCUGUUGGCUCUAGUUGCCAAUCUUGUUGCUGCCGCCUCCUCAUUCUCGCCAGCAAAACCACCAGCAGUGCCCCUGGCUGUGAGGUCACCAUAUGUGAACGCUUGGCUCCAGGGGGGCUCCGGGGCUACCCUCCCGGGCGCCUGGCCCCGGCAUUGGACGGGCAACGUCCUGGGCUGGCAAGGCCUGGUAGCUGUGGAUGGGGUGACUUACAACUGGAUGGGCGGAGCACCAGGCCCGGCGCAUGUCAACCAGGUGUCGCUCGAGUACACCUCGACCAAAAGCAUCUUCACUUUUGACGUGGAUGGGAAAGUCACCUUGACCGUCACCUUCCUGUCCCCGGUUUACCCUGACGAUAUGGCGCGACAAUCACAACAGUUUUCCUACAUUUCUGCCAAGGCAAAGUCAGCCGAUGGGGCAUCCCACCGGGUCCAAGUCUACAUGGAUGUCUCUGGAGAAUGGGCUAGCGGAGAUACUUCCCAACUUGUCCAGUGGGAUACCGCCACUGCCGGGGAGAUCGCUUACCACAAGUUCUUCCGUCAAAACCAAGAGGAGUUUAGGGAAUCAAGUGAGAUUGCUAGCUGGGGGAACUGGUACCUAGCUACGCGCGCUGGUGACGGUUCGACUUGGCAAAUCGGACAGGACACAGCGGUGCGAGGCCAGUUCGCGGACAGCGGGCUUCUUACCAACACCAAAGAGUCUAACUUUCGGCCAGUGAGCGAGAAAUGGCCGGUAUUCGCAUUCACCCACGAUUUGGGUGACGUGAAAUCAGACGACGUGGAGAGAGUCUUCACCCUCGGUUUGGUCCAGAAUCAGGCCAUUCACUUUGCCGGGCAGACCGGCCAGUUAGAGCCGGUCCCGGGGCUCUGGUCGUCAUACUAUGAGGACGAGAUCUCGGCGCUCGUCGCCUUUUACAACGACUAUCAACACGCUAACGAAGUGUCCUCCGCCCUGGACCAGCGGAUACGGAGUGACUCCGAGAGUGCUGCAGGAGAGGAUUACGCUGUCCUCACCACACUCGCCGUCCGCCAGACCUUUGGAGCGCUGCAAUAUGCCGGCACCCCUUCAAAGCCGUAUAUCUUUCUCAAGGAGAUCAGCUCGAACAGCGACAUCCAAACUGUCGACGUCAUCUUCCCUGCUUAUCCAAUCUUCAUGUAUCUCAACGCGACGCUUGGAAGGUACUUGCUCGACCCGCUGUUCGAGAAUCAGGAGAGCGGGGCGUACCCGAACGACUAUGCUGAGCACGAUCUCGGAACGUUCCCCGUAGCCAGGGGCUACCCGGCUGGAAACGAUGAACCAAUGCCGCUGGAGGAGUGUGGAAACAUGGUUAUCAUGACAUUGGCCUAUGCUCAACGCACUGGUGACACCGCCUACCUCUCAGCCCACUACCCCAUCCUGUCGCAAUGGGCAAAAUUCCUGGUGGAGGAGUCUCUGAUUCCAGCGAACCAACUUAGCACUGAUGACUUUGCGGGAACUCUGGCCAACCAGACCAAUCUCGCCAUCAAAGGCAUCAUCGGGCUCAAGGCCAUGUCUCAAAUUGCUCAGCUGACCAACAAUGAUGACACCUUCGGAGAGGUAGCUGAUAGAUAUUUGGAGGGCUGGAAAGGGUUGGGCAUCAACUCCCAGGCGAAGCCCCCUCACACGACGCUAAGUUAUGGAGACGGCGACAGUCAUGGCCUCCUUUACAACAUCUAUGCCGACAGAUUGCUUAACCUCAACUUCAUCGACCAGUCCAUUUUCGAUAUGCAGAGCAACUUCUACCCCACGGUCGCUAAAGAGUAUGGCGUGCCCCUCGACACGCGGCACACGUGGACCAAGUCAGACUGGGAGAUGUUUGCGGCCGCCGUGGCCAGCGAGUCGACGCGGGACAUGUUCAUCUCCAAGCUGGCCCACUGGGUCGGGACAACGACGUCGGAUCGGGCCAUGACCGACCUGUACGACUCCGAGACGGGAGGGUAUCCGGCGAACGGGCCGUACUUUGUUGCGAGACCGGUGCAGGGGGGGUUGUUUGCUUUGCUAGCGUUGUCCCAUGAGUAAGGACCGAACUACGAGAUAGGUACUGGCCAUGGAUUGGCUGUCGAGAGUUUGCAUUGAUUUGAAGUUUUGAACGCCAA